AUUGUCUUCAGCAGGAACAAUGGCUGUGUUCUUUAUCACCUUUUAUCUUUUUGUAACUGUAAAAACAUCUGACAUCUCCGAGCUUCAAAUGAAAACAGUAAAGCAUGGAGACAAUAUUACCAUAAAGUGUGACCUCAACAUGGCUGAAGAAAACAAAAACAUUUAUUUAGCCUGGUACAAGCAGAAUUUUGGAAAGCUGCCAGAGAAUAUUGUGAGAUCAUUUGGGGACAAUAAAAAGUGCAGAUUUGAGCCUGCAUUUAACAGUGGCCACUUCAGUAUUAAUGUGGAUGGUGUUUUUGAUCUCAGCAUUAAUGAAAUUAAAGAAGAUGAUGUAGGAACAUAUUUGUGUGGAAAAACAAGCACAAGUACUACAGAGUUUGUAUCUGGGGCCCUUUUGAUGUUUGAAGCUGAGAAGAAUGUCCACAGUGCUCUGACUAAAAUGGUUAUCAGGAGGGGAGAAUCUACCAUGAUGCAGUGUUCAGUACAAGCUGAUACUUCAAGCUGUGUAGGAAACUACAGUGUCUACUGGUUCAAACAUGGAGAAUCUGAUCCAGGAAUCAUUUACACACAUGUAGACAGCAGUGAUCAAUGUGAGAAGAGAUCUGAGGCUGGCUAUUCUACACAGAGUUGUGUGUACAAGCUCCCCAAGAUGAACCUCAGCCUCACUAAUACUGGAACUUACUACUGUGCUAUUGUUGCAUGUGGAAAGAUAAUCUUUGGGAAUGGAAUUGCAGUUGAAGCUGCAUCUGAAGAAAAUAACCACUGGAUUGUUAUUGCCUUGGCAGCAUCAACUAUAAUACUUGUCAUAAUGGUGAUUUUGUUUGGAAUUCUAUUUAAAAAUCAAGUGAAAGGUGCUUGCAAUUACAACCCAAAUCAUACAAAUCAGGUAACUGGUCUCCCAUCAUGCACAUUCAUGUUCCUACUGGUAAAGAUGGAUCUGUCCUAGAAUCAACAAUGCAUUUGUUAUAUUUAUAGCUAAAAAGUGCAGAUUAAAAAAACAUCCUUUUUAAACUCUACUUGUAUUUUGUCCUAUGUAUAGUUUAUAACAGCUCAUAUUCUUUGUCAGGCUGAGGACUCAACUAUAUUAAACUAUGCAGCUGUGAGAUUUACUCAGAAACCUUCCUCCUCCACAACAUGCAGAGUCAAAGAUGUUUAUGCACAGAUUAAAGUUUCUUAGC